GCAGGUCCCAGCGCGGCCCCGGCGGAAGAUGCGCGGCCGGCGGUGAGCGGCGCGGGGCAGAGGCCGCAGCCCAGCCCGGCGGGCGGAGGAUGCGGGCCGGGCCGCGCCGGCCCUGAGAGGCAGGAUGGGCACCCAGGGCAGCCCCGUGAAGAGCUACGAUUACCUGCUCAAGUUCCUGCUCGUGGGCGACAGCGACGUGGGCAAGGGCGAGAUCCUGGAGAGCCUGCAGGACGGCGCCUCCGAGUCCCCGUACGCCUACAGCAACGGAAUUGACUACAAGACCACUACUAUCCUGUUGGAUGGCAGAAGGGUCAAGCUGGAACUCUGGGACACUUCAGGGCAAGGGAGAUUUUGCACCAUUUUCAGAUCCUACUCCAGAGGAGCCCAGGGAAUUCUCUUGGUGUAUGACAUCACUAAUCGCUGGUCCUUUGAUGGGAUAGACCGAUGGAUAAAGGAAAUAGAUGAGCACGCCCCAGGUGUCCCUCGGAUCCUGGUGGGGAACAGGCUCCACCUGGCCUUCAAGCGGCAGGUGCCGACGGAGCAGGCGCGGGCCUACGCCGAGAAGAACUGCAUGACCUUCUUCGAGGUGAGCCCCCUGUGCAACUUCAACGUCAUCGAGUCCUUCACGGAGCUGUCCCGCAUCGUCCUCAUGCGGCACGGCAUGGAGAAGAUCUGGAGACCCAACCGAGUGUUCAGCUUGCAGGACCUGUGCUGCCGAGCCAUUGUGUCCUGCACCCCAGUCCACCUCAUCGACAAGCUGCCCUUGCCUGUCACCAUCAAGAGCCACCUGAAGUCCUUCUCCAUGGCCAACGGGAUGAACGCAGUGAUGAUGCACGGCCGGUCGUAUUCCUUGGCCAGCAGUGGGGGCGGGAGCAGCAGCAAAGGGAACAGCUUGAAGAGAUCCAAAUCCAUCCGGCCGCCCCAGAGCCCCCCACAGAACUGCUCACGCAACAACUGCAAGAUCUCUUAGCAGGAUGGGCACCGGGAGCUUCUGUCGGAUCCGCACCCACCCACCAAUGUACAGCUGUUUGCACACCCGGCCCUUUCCCACUGGAUCCUUUCGGAUGGGUUGCUUUUCCAAUGGCACGCACAAGCGUUAGGAAUGUGCUCACGUUUUGGCUUGGCAUAGGAAGAAGCGUGGUGCCGGCUGGAUCCCGCAGCGCUGCCGGAGAGAGGAUCUGCCAAGUGACCCUCCAAGAAUGCUUUGGGCUUUGCCUCUCGGCCUGGGGUGGAAAAUUCAGCAGCUGCCGGGCUGGGGAGGGGGGAAGGGGGAAAAAAGCUCAUCAAGUCUCAAUGGAGCAAUGGAUUUAAUGGAAGAUUGAGAGGCUUAAGGGAGUAGGCAAGGAGAGUCUGUGCUGCAACUUUAACUCUUGGCCUCCUGAACAGAUUGCUGGUGCAAUAGUGAUCCUUGGAUGUAGACAAAAAGAAACAGGGACAGGGGAAUAAUGACAGUUUUCACCGGGAUGUUCACCUGCUGUUGCCAAAAAAACCCAGAAAAUAAGGCAAGAGUUGGCCAAUUGGAAAGGGGAAGGCAGCGCUCGCUGCCUUCGCUUAUUUAUGUAAAUAUUAUACAUAUAUAUAUAUAUAUCACUUGUUUUUUAAGGGUUUUUUUAAGAAGCUGUCAGGGAAAAUUUUAUGCAGCCAUGUAAAUACAAGCACUGGAUGGACUUUCCCAGUGUCAGCAAAGGGGAGAAGUGGAGGAUUUUCUGAUGAAAACACAUAAAUGCUUUAAGAGACUUUCCCUCACCCCUGGGCUCAUGGUGGCAUUUUUAAAUACUGCGUGUGCAGAAGGAGAGGACAAUUCGUGUGGAACAUGCCCCAAGCUGCUUUAUUCCAAUCACUCCCUAAAACUUGUGAGUGCUGAUGCAGGGUGGGAUGGCAGUUGGGGAUUUGGGAGCAAGGGGUGGAAGCAUUGUACCUAAAGCAGAGGAAAAAUGCUGAAUUUUGUCCCUUAUUGCUGCAAAACCUUGGCUGUUGCUUCCAGUGCCCUCCAUCGAGGACACUACCCCGUGUGACAGCCUGUGGAUUCUGGCUGCUUCCAGCUUUGCUUUCCCAAAGAUGCUGCCUGAGGUUGCACUGCUGUGGCUCCUCCUGGAUGAAAGUGGGAAAGGGCAGAAAUGGCUUUUCCUACUGGAGCGUGAAGGAGCAGGGAUUAGGAAGGUGAAAGGUCGGGGUGGGGAAAAAGCAAUCCCCAGGUCCCUUAGUGGCAAAGUCACUCAGUUCUUGGGGCAGUCCCAGAAGAUCAGGAGAGCAAACUGCUUUGCUCCAUAGGACAGCUCCUGGAUUUUGAAGGGGCAAGAGCUUGGGAUGGAUCUUCUGUCAAGCAAGUGCACCUGCUUUCCUGGCUUCAUCCCACAGCUGACCUGUGCUGGGAAUUCACCUGGAAGCUGAGAAGUAAUGCCCAGCCCUUACCCCAGAAGCUCAGGGGGUUGGCAGUGGGGCUGAGCUGUGGUGGCAGAUUCUCGUGGGUGGCCGGGGUGUGUGGACUGUGAGUACCAUGGUAGGAAGCGAAGUGUACAGUGCUGCCGUCCUGCUCCUGGGAUCAGCAGCUCCUCAAGGCCUGGGCUCACUCCGUUCCCCCUCCCCAAGCCGCUCGUUGCACUGUGUGGGCAGGAUGAAGCCGCAGCAGCUCCUGUGCGGCCGACAGACCCGCCAGACCCGCCGUGUCCAGGCUGGACACAUCCCCCCGCGGGGACAUCGCCUUCCCUCGCUCCCGAGCCCACCUGGGAGGUACUGGAGCCUUCCCCGUCCCCUCUGCAGAACACAACAGGGGCAGGUCUCUUGGCUCAGCUUUAUCUCUGCUUUAUCACCCAGCUCAAGUGAGCGGGGAGAGAAUUAAACCCCAGGCAGGCGGAGGGGGAGAAGAAUCCUUUGUAGUGGUGCUUUGGCUCGAGAGCAAAGCCAGGGCCGGGCCCGGCGCGGUGGCACAAGGCCGGGGGAUUUGGAGAACCUGUCUGGGCUGGCUGGCACCUGUUUCCCAUCACUUAACACACAGCAGAAGACAAUCGCUGGCUCAGCAGCCUGGGGAUAUACGGCCGACAGGUGACGGGCACCAAAACCGACGGCUUCUCCCGGGAAACACCACCCGGGCACUGCAGGGCCCCGGCUGCUCCCGGCACCGGUGUGUGGGGCAAAGAGGGAUGGAGGGCUCCUUCCUGAAACCACCAAGCUGCUGCAUGUCUCAAAACUGGCUGUACCUCUGCUUUGGUUUGGCUGUGCCACGUGUGCCACCUCCCCACACUGUUUCCCUGUGGUUGGUGUGGGUUUUGCCACCCUGUAAAGUCUCACGGAUCCUGUCUGGAGUGAGGAUGGAUGAUUUCCCUGGAGUGAUUGCCCAGCAACAAACUUUAAUUUAAAAGGAAAAGAUGCUUGCAUCUGACGUCAACACUAGUCUGUAGCUGCUCUCCAACACUUGUACCAUUCCUGAGUUGGUUUUUUGGACUAUCCUUUUAUUUUUUUAUUCCUUUGUACAGUCAGUGUUGUUCAACUGAUUCUACAUGGUUUUGUUUUGUAUAAAUUAAAGUCUUUUUGUUUGUUUUGAUCUACCAAUUGAAAGGUG